AUGGGUUGCUCUAUGCCUCAUUGGCGAUUGACAGGACUGUCGUCUCGUCACCUUAUCUCUGAGUCGCCAUUGCUGCGUUCUGCUACAUCACCUGUCUCGGCCACGAUCGGGCCAUCCGAUUUCCCACCUCCAUUGGGUAUCCGUUCUCCCUCUCUGCCGAUUGCGCCUACUUCCGUGAUCACUGAUCACAAUUUCUUUUCAGAUAACAUUACCUCAAAUACGGUCGUCACGACUUCUGCUGCGGUUAUUACCACUACGACUUCUUUAGUUACAAAUGUCCUACUUUCGUUGCAGCCGACAAUAACCCAUCUACCUUCCAGAGCCUCAAUCCCCACAGCAUUUGCUUCAUCCCUCGAUCCAUCCAUUGCCGCUUCUUCUAAUGCUUCUAAUUCCGGUAAGGUUAUGGAGGCUUCCCGCGAUUGUAUUCAUGUCGAUGCUUCAGUACCAAGUGGACGGCAAACGCAACCGGAGUCUAACUCGCAAAAGCCAAUUUCUGAAGGAGGCCAGGGACUAUGCAUGAAAGGAGAAUUACCUGAAAUGAAUGGAGCUUUUGUCCAGCAUCGCAGCGACGAUACCUUGCUGGUAUCUCCACCAAACUCUCUUGCGGUUAGUCAGUACCUUUCAUUCUAG